AAAAACUAAACACGGUUGUUGUGCACACCUCUUGUACUUAUUAACUCUACUAACUGAGCAAACAUUAUGGAUACGAUACGCGGUAAAAUCUCAAGCGCCCUGAGAUAUACCAAAACGUUAUUUGUUAGAGAAAAGCCGCUCACAGAUGAAAAUGGUGUGCCCUUGGCGGAGCCGAAGUCAGUGGAAGUGGAGCAGCUGAUUAAUCAGCAGCCGAGAAACACGGACAAGGAUGGCGAUCAUAAGCCAAAGCAAGUGACUAUUCCUCAGGACAUACCUGGGGAAAAGCCAGGGCCAACGGAGAAAACGAAGCCUGAAGAUAAUGCAACGGAUAACGGACAACGGACACCCACCAAUGCGGAGGUACUCGAUAGGCUGGAAAAACAAAUGCCAUUGCCAGCAUCCACAGCCAUACCGGAAUCAGUUUUGGAACAAAAAGAAAGAUUUCCAAACAUUUUCGAGGAACGUCCGCCAGCGAUGAAUUACGAGCUCCAGUUCGUCGACUUUAUGAACCGAAAUGGACCGCAGGGUUUUGCACAGAAACUGCACACCAUGCUGCCCUUUUUGGGCGUUAGUUUUAUCGCCUGGCCAACCUUUUGGCUAUAUCGGGGCUACAGUUGGCAACAAUAUCGCAGCAUUGAACGCAUCGAGGCCUAUAUACAUAGAACCUUCCAGCAUGCAAAAUUUAUGCAAGUGGCGAUUAUUACCGCGGGUCUUCUACUGGCUACCAUGAAAAAGCCGACACCGAACCUCACCGUGCACGAAGUAAGUGCAAAAAGCGAACCGCCAGAAGAUCCCGAAGACAGACGCUUUUGAGAUUCAGCAGCGACACAAAGAGAUAUCAAGAUAUCAUAUCAAAAUAUUCUGUUCAUGAAGUAGUGCAGUAUUGCAAAAAUACUUGCAGAAAUUUGUAAUGCUGAGCAUUCCUUGGAGUCCGAAUUAUUCCCCCAACUUUUUCCUCUAAUACUAUAUUUCUUUGGAAUUACUUUUUUUGGAA